CUCUAACUUCACUUCUCGCUUACCUGCGCUGCGAUCUUGCUCAGUGCUGUCUGGGAGAUGAAGCGGCAAGAUUUACCUGCUGAGGUACAGGAUUGACUGAGUUCUUGACAUUGAACCGCCACCGCGGAUCGCUUCUUAACGCCUGGCUGCCCCUGCGGAGUUUACGCCCGUUCCCUCACUAAUCGCCCUUCCCGACAGUACAGAUCCAACCGAUUCGCAAGGCGCUGAUUAGAAUGGAUAGCGCAUCUCCCAGGCGUCGGGCUUCAGUUGCUCGUCAUCUUUCCCUAGAACCCUCACCCUCCGCUCCUCGUCGGCUAUCCCACGGAAGCAUAGACGCACUAGAAACCUCUGGCCACCAAAGGAAGCGCCGUCGGACCAGUCAUCCUGAGCGACAGGAGGAUGCGCCCCCGGAUGCAGUCGAUCUUACAACCACCGAGGACAUGGACCCUGUGUCGAGGACGCAAGCCAAACAACGAGCAGACGUUAUCCUCGCACAGCAGUCCCUAGAUCAUAACAAAGGGGAGUCUGUUCUACUUGCAUACAAGUGUCCCGUCUGCAUGGACACCCCGGUUGAUGCUACUAGUACUGCAUGUGGGCAUCUUUUCUGCCACAAGUGUAUUAUCGAUACCUUGAAGUUCAGCGAAGAACAGCGGUCGGAUAUGUCUGGGAAAGGCCCCCGGGGCACUUGCCCUGUGUGCAGAAAGUAUCUCUCGCGCAACGACUUGCCCGGUCCAAAGAGGAACCUCGUACCUCUACAGAUCAAACUAACUACUCGAAAGAGGAGAGAGACUGCGCAAUGAGCAGUCAUCGCUAAUAUCAGUCAACGAUCGUUCCACUCAGCAACUCCUAACUCGCUUUUGGAGCAUCAUGGGUAACAAACGGGAAAACAAAUGACUUCAAGAGAUGGAAGUGAAACAUGGCUGCCAAUUAAUUUCUUGCAUCAUGGUUAAGGGGCCAGUCAUCUCUAUUGUUGAAGGGCCUUACUCUUAUGGAAAAUCCAUGAAGGGAGAACACCGGUGACUCCAGCUUCGUGGAAUCUAAAAACCUUGGUGUGAACCUGUAAAAAGGGGACCAGGGCCAAAGUUCGCCCUGUCACGGCGAAAAUCAGCUUACUCGACGACAUCGGUACAGCGAAUGUCUUCCUUUAAGCGUUCUCAGCAUACUCUAGCAUACUGUGGGGGGUUGGGAAGAUAGAUUCUUGGGGAGAGGCCCGGAGAAUACCACGGCUCUUGCAUAGACUAAUAACGUCGCGCCCCGGCUUUAAUAAAUAAGCUUACAGAAGCCAAGACUGAUCGUGCAGUAGUAGCUUGUCCAUCCACUAAUGAAAUGAAGACUUUAACAACUCCCUGUUUUAUUGUCUAUU